ACGAUUCCUGUCACCUGUUUGUUUCUUGAGCACAACAACACCAAAGGGAUCCCCCUUCAUGAUAUGCUGGUGAAAACAGUUUGCAGACUCAUCAAAACUAAUGGCCAAAAUGUCACCUGACUCUCCGAUGAACUGUGGCUUUAAUGAAUAUGCCAUAGAUAUGGCAAUACCAAUUCUCUACUUCCUGAUAUUUAUCCUGGCCCUCAUCAUGAAUGGUGUAGCAGUCAGGGUCUGCAUGCGCCUGCACUCAACGACCACCUUCAUAGUGUAUCUGAAGAACCUUGUGGCGGCUGACCUUCUCAUGACCCUGACAAUUCCUUUAAAGGCAGCAAAUGACAUGCCCAAUGCUCCUCUGGCUCUGAAAACCUUUAGCUGUCGCUACUCUGAUGUUAUUUUCUACCUAUGCAUGUACAUGAGCAUCCUUCUACUGGCUCUCAUUAGUCUGGACCGCUUCUUCAAGAUCGUCAAGCCCUGUGGCAGGUUGUUGGCUCAGAAACUGGUCUUCGGCAAAGUGAUGUCUGCUUUCUUCUGGGUGGGGCUGUUGGGCUUAGAAGUAAUUCCAACAAUCGUCCUGACCAAUCAGGAUCCAACAAACAAUACUAAUGGUUCCUGCAUAAAAAUGAAGAGUGACACAGGACUACUUUUUCACAGUAAUUUGAUAAUAUUCAAUGUUACAUUGUUUUGGUUGUUGUGUGUUCUUAUUUGUUCCUGCUACAUAUGCAUUGCAAGGAAGGUGCUUCAAUCAUACCGAAAAUCUGGAAGCAGAAACAACACAGGGAUGCAUAAGACCAAAGUACGGGUGUUUUUGGUUCUGGCGGUGUUCCUGGUGUGUUUCGUCCCCUACCAUGCCUUACGCAUCCCCUACACCCUGCUUCAGGUGAAGAUAGAGUCUACCUGCACUAAAAGCACCUUACGGAUCGCUAAAAAGAUAACCUUGUGGAUUUCAAGCAUAAAUGUCUGUCUGGACCCUCUCAUCUACUUCUUCCUCUGUAAGUCCUUUAGGACCUCCCUGUUCCAGACCUUCCAUCUCCCAUCUGGGACUUGUAGCUGGCUCACUAGGAAAGCGCCAGGCCCCAACACUGUCAGGGCAACCUCAAAAGAUGACUCAAGUUAAAAUAUAUUCUGAAUGAUGGAGUUUGUUGUUUGCAGAUUUUAUAAUUUAAUAUUUCACAGUGUCACACUUUCUCCUUGUAGGUUAACGAACAGCUGUUUGAGAAAGGUGUCCACUGUGUGUAAUAUCCAGCUAAUUAUAUUUUAAAUGUAUACAUUUUCUAGAUAUGAUGUCCCUGGUCCUCAAGUAUUUCUUUUACAUGUAUUGCUACUAUUGAAUAUGUUUUCAAUGGGAUUUGAAUAACAGAAACAGCACACUGAAACUAACAUUGCCAAGCUUAACUUUCACUGUUGGUCGACCAGCUUA